CACAAGCGUAAUCAGGGACGUACUCACGGGUGGUGGUAAUAAACACAUUGACAAAACCUACUCCAGUAGAAAUUCUGAGAUUUAGGUGAUAUAAAGUGACAGGAGACAUGGCAGGCGUGAGGUGUGUGUUACUGCUGCUGUACACCACAAGGUAGUGGGUUUCGUUCCGUAAGUAUUAUCCCACAGUGCGUGCAAUGCUAUCAUGUAUCGCACUCGUAUAAAACGGACAUGUGGAACCGUUAAGAACGGCUCGUGGUAGUAGGUACUUGCUACUAUUGAACGUAUACUGAUAAAUGAAGCAGUGUUAGUGUAGGUUUUCCGUACCACAGUGGCACUCUGUGCUUCUGUCCAAUAACAUCAAACCGCCUUAUAUGGUUAAUCGGCGGUCCUAUACUACACACAUACACGAUACACAUCGCAUUUUCGCAUAAUUUAUUCGCCCUGUCGAAGAAAAUUUUCGCUUCGCCCCUUCGUGCUUCCCCCGUGGAGAAUGAUUGUACUGAUAGACUCUUUCGAAAGCAAAUUAUGAGGGCUUUUAACCUUCCGAUGGACAGAACAUGACCGGAUUAAUGGAAUACUGACCAAAGUGCUUCUAAACGGUAUUACACAAAACGCCAUUAUCUUCGACCCAUCCUCUCCACUAUCCAGUAGCAGCAACGCUAAUUUCCACACAACAGCUGAUAACGGAACCUGAAGGAUCAUGGCUUACAACAGUGCAUUUAUAUAUAAAACACCGUCUCGCUGAUUAUCAACGCUCCUGUGAUGUGCCGUAUAUUUUACACAAGGAAUUAGUUUCCAAAUUACGUCAGGAUUUUACCAGUGCAAUAGGUACGAGGAAACUUAACUCUUGUUGAUAUUUACGAGUCAAGUAAGAUUCUUUAUAAAUCUGUCAACCUUUGUUUUUAAAGUACAUUGUUUACAAAUAUAACGUAAGUUUUUCUAUGAUUAAUUUUAAUUGAAAUAAUUUAAUUGAUUGAUGUAAAUUAUUUUUUGAUAAUUAUUUCUGUAUUUCGUUUCUGCAUUUUGUUAUUUACAUACACUUGUUUUCGGCCACCGUAAUCUGGAAGCUGAGUGUGUAGUGAUAUUCAGCAGUUGACAAUCUCUAUUCGCGUUGGAUUUGCGAGACUAAGACGAGGAUUGUGUUAACUGUUACUGUUAAUACCAGUCUGGUACUCCCACAUCGUGGAUGUAUUGGUAGUUAUAACCACACCGUGGUCACAUUGUGCCGUUCAUGAGGAGAGGGAACCACUGUUCUUUGAAUAAGUAAAUGGACAUUUGACCGUUACACGUGGAAUGCACUGGUCACUAGUGCCUAAAUGACACAAGGAGGAGGUCGUUUCGAUUUUGAUGACGGGGGGACGUACUGUGGGGGUUGGGAAGAUGGCAAAGCCAACGGACACGGGGUGUGUACCGGGCCUAAGGGCCAGGGAGAGUACUCUGGGGCGUGGCAAUAUGGCUUCGAGGUGUCGGGCGUUUACACCUGGCCUAGUGGAAACUCGUUCAAGGGCCAAUGGUUCCAGGGAAAGAGACACGGGCUGGGAGUAGAAACGAAGGGCCGAUGGGUCUACCGGGGGGAGUGGACCCAGGGAUUCAAGGGCCGUUACGGUGUCCGACAGAGCGUCUCCUCCGGGGCCAGGUACGAGGGCACGUGGACCACCGGGUUACAGGACGGCUACGGGUGCGAAUCCUACGCUGAUGGAGGGACGUAUCAUGGACAAUGGUUGAGAGGCAUGCGCCACGGCUAUGGGGUGCGCGCAAGCGUGCCCUAUGGCCUAGCGUCGCAUUACCGACCUAAGACGUUACGGGCGUCACUGACGUCACUGCGCAGUGAAAACGAGGAUGAAAUUGUGGUGAAAAAUCGUGAUAAAAAACUAGAUGAGAGCCGCGGAGGUUUCGUGCUUAAAGCCAAGAGUGACGAAACACCCCCCACCAGACGGCGCUCUAUAUUCGAUAAGCAGGGUAGGUCUAGUUUACGGAAAACUCUAAUGUCUGGUUUGAAGCUCAAAAAGCAAAAAAGCACAGGUGACAUCAACAGUUCGCCAAGCCGUCAGACUGGGUCGGUACGCAGCACAAUCAGCAACAUCAGUCACGUGAGUGCCGACUCGACGCAGUCCGGGAUGACGAACGCUUCUAUGUACACAGAUAGUAAUUUAAGUUUUGUAAGCCAGGAUGACAUCACAGAUAUCAACGUCACGGAAACGUAUAUGGGAGAGUGGAAGAACGACAAGCGUUCUGGCUUCGGUGUUAGUGAACGUUCCGACGGACUCAAAUACGAAGGCGAGUGGUAUAACAAUAAGAAAUAUGGAUACGGAGUAACAACAUUCAAGGAUGGUGCAAGAGAGGAGGGGAAAUAUAAAAACAACGUUUUAAUAUCGUCAGGAAAGAAAAAUAAAUUAUUCUUGAUCAGGACUUCUAAACUGCGUGAACGAGUGGACAAUGCGGUUUUAUCGGCACAGCGGUGGGCCCAAAUCUCUCUACAAAAGGCGGAUUUAGCAAUCUCUAGAAUGGCCAAUGCAAGAGCGAAAGCAGAGCAGGCAGACCAAUCGGCCCUGAAAUCAGAACAAGACUCGGAUUUUGCCAGGUUAAAAGCGAAAGAGUAUGCUCCAGAAUUUCAUCAACCAGGCUCAGAUAUGAUGAAGAAGAAACGAGAGAAUGGCGAGGUGGACGAAGAUGAAUACGACUUUAGUUACGUGAAAGGCCUUCAAAACCACAAUCCACACCGCUCCAAGUCAAUGCUCACAAAGACGAACCCCCACGACGGUGGGGGGUUGCUACCCGGAGGCCUCGUUCCGAUGAUCAACAGUUCCCCGGAUGGAAGUCCACUUAGGAAUAAUAGUGGUUAUGACUAUAUGCCUAUGUCGAACGCCAAACAGGACGCUAAAAAGAUGACCAGCAUACCAAAUCAUUCGCCGCAUAACAGGAGUCCAUCUUUGAAAAUAAGAAGGUAUAGCUUUUUGGCAGGUUCGAGAAGGGGUAGAGGAUUUAGUGAAAUAUUUAAUUCGACAAUUUUAAACGACCACUUUGAUCAGUAUUCUGCCCAAAGGGACGAUAGCGGUUUAGGAAAGGAACUUUUAAGUGGUGAGGAGCGCUACAGGGCCAACCAUAUAACGGACCCGUCUCCAGAUUCAGGUGUGUCGGAAAGUCUGGACGAUGAGUCGAAGAACAGACCGCUUCAGCGAAGAAGAACUAUGCCUUGCAUUGUCAAAACAGAGGGCAAUGCGACAACACAAGCAAUGUCGGAAAGAGAAACGGCACAUAGUAGCGAAAACAUUGCAGGUAAAAACCCCGAUACUUAUGUUAUAGAAAAUGGAAUACGAAAGCGUGUAACAGGGGUUGAUAGGCCUCCAGCACAACCACAAAGAAUGUCAAGGGGCGACCUUCCAAAAGAAUAUACAAUCGAAAGCCAAAAUACGUUGGGUAAGGGAAAGAGCAAAAGAGGAAGUCUUCCAGACAUCACGGCUAUCAAGCAAGUGGAUAGGAUCAAACCGAUCUCGCGCGAGGAAGCCUACCAGCUGGGCAGUGCUAGGCGGGAAGAGCUCAGGCGGCUACAGGAUUUGGCUGACCGGCGUCGGCAAGGGGACGUAACCGUCAUCCUUGGGGAUCUGAAGGACUUUGUACAGCAGCGUCAACUGUUGGUCUUAGUAAUUGCAGUGAACCUGAGUUUAGCCACAAUGUUUUUCAACCUGUUGUCCUGAUGAGUGCUGUAACGUUGUCGUCAUGGAAACAAAUAUAUGCACCUUCCAGUGACCUGUGUCACCGUGGCACACGUUGGCAACGGCGGGUUGAUGCAACGGAAACAGCAGUCGAACCAGUUCUGGGUCAAAGGUCAAGAAGAGAAAUUUGGAUUUCUUACCACAGGAAAUACCAAGACCAUACCCGUUGGACGUGAAAUUUGUUUGAUAACCUGCUUUAGCCAUGGCGUUUUCGCAAGCAGUUGAUGGAACUCAGCGAGACUCCAACUACCUACUGAACCAAACUUUCCUAUUCCGUCUCGUACGUCCGCAUCCAUUUUUCCAUUAGGAUGUACGAGACCGGGUCACGUGUUACCCAGUGAUGUCACGUGCUACCCAGUGAUCAUCUUCCCUGGCACCGUACUUGUCCCAAGGACAGAUCUCUAUCAAGUUGUAGUGAGGACGAAUUAAGUUAAAGACAUUUUGUAUAAAUGUAUUUUGGAAGUAUUCAUUUUUCCAAGAACAACAUUUUUGUGGAGUAUAUAAGUUCUGGGAACAACGCGGAAAGGAAGAUGAAUACCAACGUUUUUUUGCAAUCUUUGUUCGAGCUGGAAUUCGUUAACGUUAUUCAGAGUUUAUAUGCAUUGUGGAUGUUGGAGAUUCUUGAAUGCAUGUGUGUGUGAAUUGUCACAACUCAUCAUCCCGUGUUACCCGGAAAUGUCUGUUCGCUCCUUGACCUGUUGGGGUUAAUUCCAAGUUCCACUAGGUUUUGUACGACGAGGAGCAAUCCAGAAGCAGUGUUUUGUUUUUGAUCGGGAUUACAAGUGAGCAGAUUUAAUGAACCUGUGUACAGAUUCCUCCAGUCCUUUUAACAAAUAUCUUAUAUUCCUUCUCUCCAUUAUUUUGAAUGUCUAGGAUUUUUUUGUGACAUUUUUGUUAAAGAGUGGAUACAAGAAGUUUCUACUAUACGCACAUGUUCGAUCCUUCAGCUGCCAUACUAUUGGCCCAAUGACACAAUCUGACACGCACCUAGUACCUCAAUUAAGGUCAUGUCCAUAACACAGUACAUGACACGUUUCCUGUAAUGCCAUCACAAUAUAUAUAUUGUCUACGUCAUCAAACGGCAUGCUAACGGAAAGAAGCUUAUAAUUCAAUGGAUAGAUCUGUGUACGUUUGUAUGGAUCAACUUAUUUGUAACGGUGUAAGGUAGUUGAAUUGUGAAUAAAUUAUGGUAUUUGUCUAGGCCUAUAGCGAUCAAGAAACAAUAUUUUCACAAAAGUUAAGGAGAUAGAUAUCUUUAAAGAUCAAGAGAUUGGUCAUUUUAGCUUUGCGAUGACCAUGGAGGCAGCAACAGAAAUCAGUAUUUAUUAAUAUUUAAUCAGUUAUUGACGAAGCACGUUAAAUAGAUACAUGCAAUAGUGCAACAUUGAGCUCAUGUUGACAGUCUGUGUACUGGCGACUUGCUGAGGAAUAGGAAGGCGUUUUACCGUUGACUGGUAGCUUUUGUAAGUAGAAACAGUUAAAACAUAAAGACAAUGUUUGGAGAAACUAGUCAUGACCAUGGUCGUAGACCGGAAACAAAGUGCAAACGUCUAUUUAAAAAGAAUGCAUUGUUAUGACCCGGACAUGUUUAAUUGACUGAUUUUAUUCUUUGUUGAGAUAUUACGUAAAUACAUUAUAAUGUUGAAACUACUAUUUCGUAGAGACAAUAAUACGUAUAUUUUCACCAAGUGUCAACCCGAAAUAUCCUUCUGUGUUGUCAAUGUGCGAGGGUCUGUACCUUUGUACCCAAAUACUUAUCGUUAAAGAGAAGGUGUUAAACCGUCAUGUCUUUCAGUAGUCUGUACGGCGUGUACCCCACAGUCGCCAGACUGUAAGGAAUGUUCUCAUAUAAAGUCACAUGCACUCAGUUGCCGAUACGUCAUGUUUUUAUUUAUCACAAUUCUAGGUGUUUUUAAUUUUCAUUUGUAUUUUAUCUUUUUUCUUGUUUAUUUAAUAUGGAAAUGAUUUAUAAUAAAUCAGGAUUUUGCUUCCAUACAUUUUGAAAAAGUUCGUCGAACGACUUUGUUAUUCCAGGUCAGUGCAUUUCCUAGAUUUAAAUUGAGUUAAAGUGGUUGAAUGCGACGUAAGAUUGAUGUUGGUGUGUCGGUAACACGCUACCUUUGUCUGAUGACCAUGUACAUCCUGAACUAACCGUUUGAUAGAUCCUUUAGUAAUUUAGUACAAAUAUAUGGUACAUCUAUUACACAAUCUAAUAUUCAGAUUAAAAUAUUGUUAUUUACCUGCA